CGUCCCCGCCCCGGGGGACCGCCCGAGCGACUCCGCCACCUCCAGACAGAGCUCGGUGGUGGCAGCGUGGGGAUGGCGGCGGCGGCUCAGGGAGGUUGUGGUUCGGGCGGGGACACCCGGCUGGACCAGGAGACAGCCCGGUGGCUUCAGUGGGACAAGAAUCCCUUAACUUCGGAGUUCGUGAAACAGCUGAUUGCCGAGGGCAACACAGCAGAGCUGCAGAGAUGUUUCGGGGCUCGCAUGGAGUUUGGGACAGCCGGCCUCCGAGCUGCUAUGGGCGCGGGAGUGGCUCGUAUGAACGACCUGACCAUCAUCCAGACCACACAGGGAUUUUGCAGAUAUCUUGAAAAACAAUUCAGUGACCUUAAGCAACGAGGUGUCGUGAUCAGCUUCGAUGCUCGAGCUCACCCAGCGAGUGGAGGCAGCAGCAGAAGGUUCGCCCGGCUUGCUGCCACCACGUUUAUCACUCAGGGGGUUCCUGUGUACCUGUUCUCUGACAUCACCCCCACCCCUUUCGUGCCCUACACGGUGUUGCGUCUGAAACUCUGUGCUGGACUCAUGAUCACCGCCUCCCACAAUCCGAAGCAGGACAAUGGUUAUAAGGUCUACUGGGAUAACGGAGCGCAGAUCAUCUCUCCGCAUGACAAAGGGAUUUCUCACGCCAUUGAAGAGAAUCUGGAGCCGUGGCCUCAAGCUUGGGAGGACUCCGUGAUCGACGGCAGUCCACUUCUGCACGACCCGAGUGCUUCCAUCCAAAAGGAUUACUGCGAAGACCUUAACAAGUUCUGUUUUCACAGGAGUGUGAACAGGGAGACCAAGCUGAAGUUCGUGCACACCUCUGUCCACGGCGUGGGUCACCGCUUCGUGCAGUCGGCUUUCAGGGCGUUUGACUUUGCGGCUCCCGAGGCCGUUCCCGAGCAGAAAGACCCCGACCCCGAGUUCCCAACCGUGAAGUACCCGAACCCCGAGGAGGGGGAAGGUGUUUUGACGUUAUCUUUCGCUCUGGCUGACAAAAUCAAGGCCAAAGUCAUUUUAGCCAAUGACCCGGAUGCUGAUAGACUUGCUGUGGCAGAAAAGCAAGACAGUGGUGAAUGGAGAGUGUUCUCAGGCAAUGAGCUGGGGGCUCUCUUGGGCUGGUGGCUCUUCACUUCUUGGAAGGAAAAGAACCAAGAUCCCAGUGCCCUCAAAGACACGUACAUGUUGUCCAGCACCGUCUCCUCCAAAAUCCUGCGGGCCAUCGCCUUAAAGGAGGGUUUUCACUUUGAGGAAACACUAACUGGCUUUAAGUGGAUGGGAAACCGAGCCAAACAGCUAAUAGACCAGGGGAAAAACGUCUUAUUUGCAUUUGAAGAAGCUAUCGGAUACAUGUGCUGCCCUUUUGUUUUGGACAAAGAUGGAGUCAGUGCGGCUGUCAUAACCGCAGAGUUGGCCAGCUUUCUCGCAACCAAAAAUUUGUCUUUGUCUCAGCAGCUGAAGGCCAUCUAUGUUGAGUACGGUUACCAUAUUACCAAAGCUUCGUAUUUCAUCUGCCAUGAUCCAAACACCAUUAAAAAAUUAUUUGAAAACCUUAGAAACUAUGAUGGGAAGAAUAAUUAUCCAAAAACUUGUGGCAAAUUUGAAAUUUCUGGCAUCAGGGACCUCACCACUGGCUACGAUGACAGCCAGCCCGACAACAAAGCUGUUCUUCCUACUAGUAAAAGCAGCCAAAUGAUCACCUUCACCUUUGUUAACGGCUGCGUGGCCACCAUGCGGACCAGUGGGACAGAGCCCAAAAUCAAGUACUAUACGGAACUGUGUGCCCCGCCGGGAAACAGUGAUCCUGAGCAGCUGAAGAAAGAGCUAAAUGAACUAGUCGCUGCUCUUGAAGAAUAUUUUUUCCAACCACAAAAAUACAACCUCCAAGCAAAGGCGGAGUAAAAUAUUCCAGCGUUGGGCGCAAUUCCACUUACCUACAAUGACGCGGAACUUGAUCUGUUCAGCAUUAUUCGUGAGGGCCAAAUAAUUUAAACUGUCACUACAAGCACUUAUGCUUUUUUAAAGAUCUACAUUCCUCGUUGUUUUAUGUGUGAUCUUUAACGUAAAAGUAGAAGAGAUGGGCAAGCCUAACAAACCAAACCAACAUUCCUACUUAAAAAGGUUGACCCUUGGCAUUAUCAGAAUUUUUAAAAAGGAAGAUAUAAAAAUAUAUUAUGCCUAUGCUUUCAUUAGAAUAAAUAACAAAUGUAUGUUUUCUCUAUGAUUCUCUUUAUGAAUAACUGAAAUAGCCAGGACGUCUACGCAGUCACUAAAUACGGGGUGGUCUUGUGUUGGACUCCUGUCUUCUCCCGUGUGCAGGUGCGCCUUGUUCUACUGCGCUUCGCUGUACUGGGUUCGCAAGGGUUGUGUUUUUACAGACUGAAGGCGAGACCUCCACCAGCAAAAAGAUUGCAACUGGCUUCAUUGCUAUACUUGCUUUGCGGUGGUGGUCUGGAGCUGAAAUUGGGUAUCUCUGAGGUGCUCCCGUAUGUAUCCAGGGCGGGCAGAGUAGGUUGUCAGUUAACAGUUGUGUGUGUGGAACAUAAUACAGUGAGUAAUAACCAAUAAUCCAGGAAUAAACUUUGUGUUUCGUGUACUCACAACUGUAAACCUACUUUGGACCACACAGUGUUUACAUUCCUAUCAUACUGCUUGUCAAGUAAAAUAAACGAGCAGACCAAAUAUUGUGUUUAUGUUUAGGGGAAAUGUAAUUUAUAGAAACCUGUGAAAAGGAGCAAAAGAUACUUUAAAAAGAUAAUGUUUUUUAAUCCAAACCCUUUCAGUUACAGUACACCAUUGUACAUUGUACAUGUACCAGGAAAAAUCAGCUUAAGCAUCUUUGUUCAGAUGCGUUAGCAUUCGUUUUAUCUCUUUAAAUCCUGAAUCAAGCAGUUGGCUAUUUGAAACUUGCACAGGACUUUAUUGUGCAAUUUUUUGCUCUCUCACAAGUUAAUUCUUGUUCCUGAGGCAGCAAGGAUGAUAAAUAACUAUCUACCUGACUUUGAUAUUUUUUUGCCUUGUUUGUGCAUAAUCAAAAUCUAAAACCAGACUUUUCUAUAAUAGAUUUUCUUUUUCAGGUUUAUUACUUUAGCCUGUGCCUUCUACCCUCCUCCUAACUGUUGGCCUUUCAGCCUUCCAAACGACUCCCGCUGACUGAGCACACGUGAGGCGGUGGCCUGCUGUUCUCUCUGUGCUUCAUGUAUUUCAUGUGAUUUUCUAUUUUUUAAGCAAAUGAUUGCCCAUUAUUAUUCUUACUGUUAACUGAAAUGGUUAUGAAGUGUUUCAGAACAACGAAAAAUUAUAACAUUGUUGACAAUCGUUUUUCUAAUGUAAAGGAAAAAAUGGUUUUACCUCUUAGUCAUACAUAGCUUGUGCCUUACCAGAACUCUUAAAUCUACAAUAUUCAGUAUAUUCCAUCAGCCACUUCAUUGCAGAAGCUGUAUGUAUUUUGGGUUAUAAUGUCUUCAAGUAUCAAACUGUACUCUGGAUAAAAAGAAACUGUA